ACGCCCACGACUACACUCAUCGGAGGAACAGCAGCAGCAGCAACAGCGGCAGCAGCUGUUGGAACGGCGGCUGUGGGAACAAAUACCAGUAGCACCCGGAACGCGCCGCGGGAACGGUGCGUUGCCAUUGAACACGGCACGCGAGGAGUAGUGCUGCUGACAUGGCAUCGACUACCGAGCCGAUGGAAGACAGUGACGCCGGCUUGGGUGCUGCGGAGGAGGCUCGCGCUCCCUUACUCGAGGAGGGGCAUGGCACGCUGCAGCCGCCUCAUGGCCGGCGGACUGCUCACCAAGGAAACCCUGACGAGAACGGCCAGGACGACGGCGCCUUGGACCAGGCAGACGUGGCUUAUAGCGCCAACUCGUUCAUGGCGGUGGUCAAGCCGGUGACGCUAUGCAUGACCCUAUCUGCCUUCAUCACGGUGUCUCUGUACUCCGAUGCCGAAGGGGCCACAAACAGCGCGUUGUCCGUAUACGAGGUUUACGACGAGUCGACUACAAACCUAGACCCUUCGUCGGUGCGUCUUGGCAAGAGUUUCGUCAACGCCCUCAUCAUCGUGCUGGUGCUAGCAGCUGCUACCUUCGUGAUCGUGUGGAUGUACUGGAUGAGGUGCAUGCGCUGCCUUGUCGGGUACAUGGCGAUGAGCUCGGCCGUCCUGCUGGGAGUAAUGGGAGGCGCGGUGUGGGCGGCGGCCUUGGAAGUGUAUCAGCUCCCUUGCGACGCGUUCACGUACUACGGGGUGCUGUGGAAUUUCGCGGUGGUCGGGGUCGUGGCCAUAUUCUACCAGAAGGGCAUCCCGACCGUCGUGACGCAAGCCUACCUGGUGGCCACCAGCAUCAUUAUGGCUUGGCAGCUCAGCCGGUUCGAGGAGUGGACAGGCUGGUGCCUCUUAGUUGUCCUGGCUCUCUACGACUUGUGUGCCGUGCUCACUCCCUGCGGUCCCCUCAAGGCCCUAGUGAACCUCAUGCAGGAGUACGAGGAGCCGAUGCCGGGCCUGCUCUACGAGGCAGAGCUCCCCGCGGGGCCCCCACGCCGACGUCGCCCUGAAAAUGAUCGACGGCCCCCCUCCCAACAGCAAGCACGACGGGAGCAGCCAGGGGCCGCCGGAGGUCCGCAAGAGGGUGACCCCUACUCUUCGCCGAGAACUCCCGUCGGCACCGCUACGGUUGGCGGAGGGUUGGCGGAUUUGGCCGGGGGAGGCGAUGAGGAAGGGGGAAGAGGCGCCGACGAUGCGACGCCGGCGGCGUCAGUGUCGGCCAAAGCGGCAGGGAUUGUCGUGCCGCAAUCGUCGUCGCCCGGAGGCGACCACAGUUCUGCGAGGAGACCCGGCGCGGGCGGCGCCGGCGCAAGCGAGUCGGUAGCGGCGCCGUUGCUGGAGCUGGUCGAAUCAGGCACGGCGGCGGUGGCGGUAGGAGACGCUUCGGCCGAUGGAAGUGGAACCACAAGCGAUCGCGGACAGGUUCGUAGCCCGCGGGCGAGAGGAGCCGCUGCCCCCGCUGCUGCUUCUGGCGACUUGGACAGCUGUGCUGCUGUCAGCCCCCCACCCCGCAGGGGAAACGCUGCCUCGCAACGGUUCGGAGGGGCAUCCGCGGAGGGGGAUGCCUUGAUCCAGAGCCCCCGGGGGGGUGGACGGUCCAGGCGGCGAAGAAGGGUGGCGGCCGCGGCGGAGAACGACGAAGAAGAGGAAGAGAUGGGCGUGUCGAUCAAGCUUGGACUCGGAGACUUCGUGUUUUACAGCGUGCUGGUGUCCAAGGCGGCGCUGUACGGUUUCACGGCGUGGGCAGCCUGCGUGGUGGUGAUCGUCUUCGGUCUGGGGGCGACCCUCGUGCUGCUGGCGGUGUACAGGAUGGCCUUGCCCGCUCUACCCAUUUCGAUUGGCUUCGGGACGGUCUUCUACCUUCUGACGAGGUUCUCGAUACAGCCCUACGUGGAAGCCCUCAACGACACGCCGCUCUACUUUUGAGAAAAUAGUCUGGAUCUUCCACCCCCGGUUCACCUUUGGCAAGGUGGUAGGAUUGACCAUCGGUGAUGGGUAGGAACUGUGGGAAGAAUUUCCAUCCUUUCGAGGACGCGUGGUCAAUUGUCUAACCACCGCUGGGGCAUGAACAACAUGAGUACCCCGCUCCCCCCGGUACAUGGCGGCGGUGUUGAGCGUGUUUCCUGGUGUGUGUUGGUUAAGUUUUUAGCGUUUCGCCGCAAACAACGUUUCUCUGCUGGGGAAUUCACGGGGAAUAACUUCCUACCGUAGCAUGCGCCUUUUUUUAUAUCAGCGGGUGAUCCAUGUUGUUUGAGGGAAGGCAUCGGGAGAGGGAGGGAGGAGUGGGCGAGGUGAGGGGAUGUGUGUCACCGGUUCUUCAAAACCGCAGGCGUUCAUGCGGCGCUCUGGUGACUGGGAACGCCAGCCCAGAGGUAAUGAUCCCAAUAACGCUCGCAUGGUCCUAAGCAAUGGUUGCGCCAUCACCGGCGGGGUUAGAGCCCCGCUUCAACUCCUUUCCUUUUCGAGGCGCACUUGCCGCAGGUAUGCAUACAUGGGAGCAGAAUCGAUCGACUUUGGAAGCAUAAGAAAGCACGUACCAUGGGAUGGCCAGUGACCAGUGUAAUCGCGUUGUACUACUUGUAGGAUGUCCUGGUUUCAACACAGGGGGGGUGGGCUCCAAAUGCUCCCAAGCGUCCAGUUGGGCGUCGAAAUUGGCGAGCAAGACGCCGUCGUUCUGACCGUGGCCUGUGCUACCGUCGCAACAGGUGAAAGCUUAGCGGCAUUUGCAGGGUAAACCUGCCUCACUUUUCCGUGUGCACGCGAAAGACUAUUAGGUAUCUUCCCCCACGCUUGUGUACUGGCUAGACUAUAGGUUUAAGGAUGCGAAAAGGAAUGGUACGGAGGUGGCCAGGGUGGUCCCUCACACCCAUCAAUC